AUAACUCCCGACCCAAUUUCACUCUUUGGUCUAACAAUAAGUGGUCUAGAUCGAUUUGAGGCACGGAAGAAACUAUGGUCAGAACUGGAGGAGACAGGCUUGGCAGUGAAAAAGGAGCCACACACUUUACGAGUUCCCCGAUCACAGCGUGGUGGAGAAGUAAUAGAGCCAUUGGUAAGUAAGCAGUGGUUUGUAACCAUGGAGCCUUUGGCUGAGAAGGCACUUCGUGCAGUUGAAAAAGGAGAAUUGACCAUUCUGCCUGAAAGAUUUGAGAAGAUUUAUAAUCAUUGGCUAUCAAACAUUAAAGAUUGGUGUAUAAGCAGACAACUAUGGUGGGGACACCGCAUACCUGUUUGGUACAUUGAGGGAAAGAAGUGUGAAGAAGAUUAUAUAGUUGCUAGGAAUGCUAAUGAAGCCCUUGAGAAGGCUCAUAAGAAGUAUGGAAAAGAUGUAGUAAUAUAUCAAGAUCCAGAUGUUCUUGAUACAUGGUUUUCAAGUGCCCUCUGGCCUUUUAGCACUCUUGGGUGGCCGGAUGUAUCAUCAGAGGAUUUUAAGAAGUUUUAUCCAACAACAAUGCUUGAAACAGGGCAUGACAUUUUGUUCUUCUGGGUGGCAAGGAUGGUCAUGAUGGGAAUCAAGUUCACUGGGAGUGUGCCAUUUUCACAUAUUUAUCUUCACGGACUUAUCCGGGACUCAUAAGGACGAAAAAUGUCUAAAACAUUGGGGAAUGUAAUAGAUCCCCUUGAUACAAUCAAGGAUUUUGGCACUGAUGCUUUGCAAUUUACUUUUGCUUUAGGAACUGCUGGGCAGGACCUUAACUUGUCUACUGAGAGGUUGACUGCCAACAAAGCCUUCACUAACAAACUGUGGAAUGCUGGCAAGUUUGUGUUGCAAAAUUUGCCUAGUCAAGCAGAUACAUCUGCAUAGGAAACUAUGCUGGCUUAUAAGUUUGACAAAGAGGAGUCCUUGGUCAAGCUACCUUUACCAGAAUGCUGGGUGGUCUCAAAACUUCAUAUACUUGUUGAUACAGUCACUGCAAGCUAUGACAAGUUCUUCUUUGGAGAUGUUGGAAGAGAAAUCUAUGAUUUCUUCUGGAGUGAUUUUGCUGAUUGGUAUGUUAUUUUUUUUUCAAUUCCUUAUAAUAUCCAUAUUAUCUUUCAGUACAUAGAAGCUAGUAAAGCUCGACUUUACCACUCUGGAGGUGAUGCAGUUGCAAUAGUGGCACAGACAGUUCUAUCGUAUGUUUUUGAAAAUGUAUUGAAGUUGCUGCAUCCAUUCAUGCCAUUUGUUACUGAAGAACUGUGGCAGGCGCUACCCAAAAGGAAAGAAGCUCUUAUGGUAUCCUCCUGGCCCCAGAUAUCACUUCCACAAAAUGCUAACUCAAUUAAAAAGUCUGAAAAUUUCCAAGCACUAACUAGAGCGAUCCGGAAUGCUAGAGCAGAAUACUGUGUUGAGCCAGCUAAACGUAUAUAUGCAUCUAUAGUUGCAAGUGAAGAAGUCAUCCAGUAUAUAUCUAAAGAGAAAGAAGUUUUAGCUCUUCUAUCCCAGCUUGAUCUACAAAAUGUUCAUUUCACAGAUGCUCCUCUGGGGGAUGCCAACCAAUCAGUUCAUCUUGUUGCAAGUGAGGGACUAGAGGCAUAUCUUCCCCUUGCUGAUAUGGUUGAUAUAUCCGCUGAAGUUGACCAGCUUUCAAAGCGCCUUUCCAAGAUGCAAGCAGAGUAUGAAGGGCUUGUAGCUCGCCUCAAUUCUCCAAAGUUUGUAGAGAAAGCUCCUGAGGAAGUCGUUCGUGGGGUUCGAGAAAAAGUGGCAGAAGCAAAAGAUAAAAUAAACCUCACAAAGAACUGAUUGGCUUUCCUCAAAUCUUCAGUUUUGGUAUCUCAAUAGCAUUUAACAGUGCUUGGUUGCACUUCGUUUUGAAAAAUAUUGAAAAAAUUCUGUUGAGUCUCUAGUUGUGGAAUCCAUAUUCCAUUCAAUUAGAAACUGUCCAAGCUUCACAUUGAAUUAUCAGUGCUGGGUUGUAUUGUGAUGGACUAAUGGCGGUUAAUCAUUGUCUUGGUGGCUACUAUGACCAUUUGGACAAAAUGGAGGAGAGCAGGGCAUUCCUGUAUUAGGAGUUUUUGCACGAAUGCACUCUUUGCCUUGCUUAAUAAAACAGUUGCAGCAUUAGAGAAAUUUCAUAUGGUAGUUAACCUCUGAUUCCUCUACAUCAUGUACAGUUGUUUAAUCAGCAACAUUUUUCUUGCUAUGUUGGUCUUCCUCUAUAGUUGCAACUUUGUGUACUAGUUUAUACAUAGAAGCAGUUAGAGGCAGCAGAAGAAAAUUGUCUUUGUAUAGUAAGGAAAAAAGUUUAUCAUUGAAUUAUUUCAUACUUAUGGGCUUAUGCCUGUUUUGGAGAAAAUCCUCUCCUCGAUGGCCAUUCUUCUGUCUCAUAUCAUUAAAAUAAACUGAUUUAGCUUUUGCUUCUCCAAAGUUUUGACUUUCUUAAAACUACUUCUUUCACCUAGUUUA